AUGCAUAUCAUGUCACUUCCAAAUCCCCCUCCUUACGGCUACGCCAUGCAGCCGCCACCUCCCGUCGAGCCCGAGCGACAGUCGCCGCAUAGCGAAGAGGACGACGACAAAGUCAAGAGACCCAUGAACGCGUUCAUGGUGUGGUCGCGGAAGAUGCGCAAGAAGAUCGCAGAUGAGAACCCCAAGAUGCACAACUCCGAGAUCAGCAAGCGCCUGGGGACCCAGUGGAAGGCGCUCUCGGACGAGGAGAAGCGGCCGUAUAUCGAAGAGGCGAAGAAACUGCGAGAGGCCCACAUGAAAAAGCACCCCAACUACAAGUAUAAGCCCAAGAGGAAGAAGCAGCAGCCGAUCCGGCGGUUCCCCGUAGAUAUGACUCAUCCUUACGGUCCGUUCGUAAACUACCAGCGCCCGACGAGUCUCCCGCCGCAUAUCGGACUGGGCCAGCCGGGAAUGCCGCGUCAGGGAGUUCCAUACAGUCAGUCGCAGUACAUGCAGGGUCCAAGAAAUGACGGUUAUUCGCCCGUCAACGGAUACUACAGUCCGACCGCGUCCUACCCAUACGGAUACCCGUCUCCCGCAACAGCCGGGGGCGGGCUCGCUGCCGGGGCUCCGUCACCGUACGCUCCCUGCAACGGCGGCCCAGCCAACGGACGAACGGCAUACCCGAGCUCGCAGUGGAGCACCGCUCCAGUCACGUCCCCGACGAACGGUUACGGUCCCAACGGCACGCUUCCUCCGCUUCCCUCAGUAGGUAACAUGCACGAAUUUCCCAGUUCCCCGCAAUCCCUGAUGACUUACAGUCCGGACGGACCCACCUUCUCACCUCCCUCCACAUCUGGAUACCCUCUCCCAUACACUUCAUGCAGCAACGGACAUCACCUAGAUGACAGCCCAGUCCUACCACCAACGGGAUCCCCAGUCGGAAGUGUUGACUCUUACACUGGACCAAUGCUCGGAAAGACUCCGGAAGAUUCCGUAGCGAGUGCUGAUUCUGGGCCCGAGACGGACCUCAGUAGCAUGAUAAACGUUUACUUGGACGACAGCUCGUCUGCUGUUGGCCUGGAAGGCGGCGAAGCAGAAUUCAAGCUACUAACGCCGUCGUCCUGUGGAGAUUUCGGAGCUGCAACCCCAUUCACUUCAGACUCUCUACUGCAUGAAGCAGGGAGCUCAACUGUCCCUCUUCAGCAUCUGCUAUAG